AUGACAAUCCGAAAGAGGAACGAAUUUCUAGACAUCCCGUCCAGCGAUGACGAAGGAAACGAGGGCAGCGGCUACGACUCCGACGCCGCGGAGGAGAGCAAGGGACGAUCUCUGAAACGGAGGCGGAUGGCCAUGACGGAUGAGUUCAUGUCUGGCGAAGAAGAAGAAGAAGAAGAAAAAGAAGACAAUGGCAUUACAGAACCCAACAAGACGAAUAAGAAGGAAACCGACUCAACGCCAGAACAGCAAGACACCACCACAACAACAACACCAGAUUCCAAACCGGAGCAAGACAAGAAGAAGAAAAAGAAGAAUAAAGACAUCAAACCCACCAAGAACAAAACAGGCGUAAUCUACCUCUCAACCCUCCCACCAUACCUACGUCCAAGCGCCCUAAAAUCGAUGCUCGAAGCCCGCGGUUUCGCCCCUAUCACCAGGGUCUUCCUAACACCUGCCAUCCCUACCGCAACGGACAGCACAAGACGGAGAUCGAACAAGCGCAAAACCUACACGGACGGAUGGGUUGAAUUUGCAUCGAAGAAGACAGCAAAGAUCUGCGCGGAGACGCUGAAUGCGUCGAUCGUCGGUGGGAAAAAGGGUGGGUGGUAUCAUGAUGAUCUGUGGAAUAUGAAGUAUCUUCGCGGGUUCAAGUGGGAUGACCUCAUGGAACAAGUGCAGAGGGAGAGGUCGGAACGGGAAGCGAGGAGGAGGGUUGAGGAUUCAAGGGCGAGGAAGGAGGAGAAGGUGUUCCUUGCUGGUGUUGAGAAAGGGAAGGUUCUUGAUGGGAUUCAGAGGAAGAAGGCGGAAAAGAGGAGGAAGGAUAAGGAUGAUGAUGGAGCUGGAGCUGGAACUGAAGAGAGACAAGGGGAUGCUCAGGUUAGGAGGUUGUUCAGGCAGAAUGAAGUUAAGGGGGGUGAUGGGAAUGUUCAGCUUGCUGAAGAUACGAAGAGGGUGUUGGGGAAGAUUUUCUAG